AGGUAACGGAUAGAAAGAGGGAUGUGGAAUAUUUGUACGUGAAGUGCUGUAGUCUACUUCCACGACAACGGGUUUCAUAUUGGUGUAGCCAGCUGCCUGUCACCAUGGCAACCAGCAGCGCGGUCCCUAGCGACAACCUCCCCACUUACAAGCUGGUGGUGGUGGGGGACGGAGGGGUGGGGAAGAGCGCUCUCACCAUCCAGUUCUUUCAGAAGAUCUUUGUGUCUGACUACGACCCCACCAUCGAGGACUCCUACCUGAAACACACAGAGAUAGACGGACAGUGGGCCAUCCUGGACGUGCUGGACACGGCAGGCCAAGAGGAGUUCAGUGCUAUGAGGGAGCAGUACAUGAGGACGGGGGACGGCUUCCUCAUCGUGUUCUCUGUGACAGACAAGGCCAGCUUUGAACAUGUGGACCGCUUCCACCAGCUCAUCCUCAGGGUGAAGGACAGGGAGGCCUUCCCCAUGGUGCUGGUGGCCAAUAAGGUGGACUUGGUUCACCUGCGCAAAAUCACCAGCGACCAGGGGCAGGAAAUGGCUGCCAAACACAACAUUACAUACAUUGAAACAAGUGCCAAGGAUCCUCCUAUGAAUGUGGACAAGGCGUUCCAUGGAUUAGUCAGGGUUAUAAGGCAGCAGAUCCCAGAGAGGAGCCUGAAGAAGAAAAAGAAGAUGAAGUGGCGAGGAGAACGCUCUACGGGUUCUCACAAAGUCCACUGUGUCAUCUUAUGAUGGUGUCACCCUUCUCGCCUCUGCGUAGCAUUGUUGUUAGAGAGAACUGCAGACUGGCAGGGAGCAACAACUGGAGGAGGAAGGGGGGACUUGGGGAGAGAAGGAACUGACUGUUGACUGUUACAGUGUCAUGGAAAACCUCUCUCAGUUGAGGGGUUCAACUCCA